GACAAAGAGAAGAGAUCACCUCAAUUUUAUUCUAAAUCUCGUCACAGUUUCUCGGUGCCAUGAAGCAGAUGAAAUCACAUGAACUCAGAGAUUCAUUGUACACACAGAAUGCAAGGACAUACUAAUCAUGAAAGAAUCAUAUAAGCUUACUUCUUAUGCAGACAUAUCAUCUAGGGAGGACUUCAUGCAGGCACCAAGUGUAACUCCUCUUCACCUCAAUGACCCUCAAACUGAUGGAUUUGUAUCGUCAGAGGAAAUGGAUAAAACCUCUCCUAUCACAUUUGAUGACAACUUACUGUGGUGUGAUGACUGCAGGACAGCAUUCUUAGGUAGUUGCCCCACCCAUGGUCCACUGUCCAAGAUGAAGGACAAGGUGGUCCCACCCAAGGCCAAGCUUACUCUGCCCUACUGUACCUCCCUCAGGAUACUAGAGCUGAGAGCUGGAGACAAGCACAUCUUUGGGGUUUUUGCAAAAAAGAUGAUACAAAGAAGAACACAGUUUGGUCCUCUGGAGGCUCCUGUUAGUAGCACAGUGCCCAAGGGAAGAGAAGCAGUGUUGACAUUAAAGAUCUUCCAGUCUGACCCUGAGCUGUUCACUCACUUAGACAACACAGAUGAGGCCCAGUGUAACUGGAUGAUGUAUGUGAGACCAGCCUCUCACAGACAGGAACAGAACAUGGUAGCUUAUCAGUACCAGGGUGGCAUCUACUUCUCCACUAUUAAGAACAUCCCAGCCAAUGCAGAGCUUAGGGUUUGGUAUGCUGAGAGGUAUGGGAAGUUGAUGGGUGUGCCUCCUUUGGAGAACUCUGUUGAAACAAAGCCAGAACCUAGUGACCAAGGAUAUGAAAAAGAUGGUGAUGAUGAAGAUGAAGAAGAUGAAGAAGAUGAGGAGGAGGUACAUGGCAACACAGAUUACCAUUCUGACAAUGAAGAAGUUUCACUUCAAGGGGAGGAUUCCACACACCUGGAGUGGUCUUGUUCUGUAUGUAAUAAAAGCUUCAGAACCUUUGUGGAAUUAGAAUGCCAUGUUUGUGACCAAAGCGGAGAAGACAGUGGUGGCCGAAGGACUCGCAGUAAACGUAAAGGUCAUCCAGUGAAAAUAAUGAAGAGUGAACGUAAGAAAAACAAACCCGCAUACAGAGAGCUGGCUGGAGAGUGGGAGGUGCAAUCAUUGAAACCUUCGAAGAGAGGACGUAAAUCAAAGCCAUCAAAAAAAGCUUCAGUUGCUGCAAAGAAAGCUAAACCUGCAAAGAAUCCAACCAUACAGAAGAAAUCUACUGCCGGUGAAUCCAACCCUGAAAAGGUCCUUGUUUGUCAGUAUUGUGGCAAAAACUUCUCAAGAGCCUCAAAACUCCAAGCUCACAUCAAUACACACACAGGGGAAGGUCCAUUAGAAUGUAAAUUUCCACAGUGUGGCAAACAUUUCACCUCGAAAUUCAAACUGAAACGCCAUGAACUUAUACACAAACCAGAGGAGAGACAACACCGCUGCCCCUACUGUGAUAAGGCUUUUGCAAGAAAAGAUCACUUGAAAAACCAUCUAGUUACUCAUGAUCCCAACAGGGCCAGUCUGGUGUGCGCCCUUUGUAACAAAGAAUAUCAUAAUGCUGGAUGUUAUAAAGUCCAUAUGGGUUUCCAUGAUGCAGAGGAGGGUUCUUUGACUUGCCGUGUUUGUGAGCAGAUAAUGGAAACAAAGGAGGCUCUUUGUUUUCAUCUCAAAGUUCACAUGGGGUCCAGGACUGCUAAAGGGAUAAUGGAAAAGAGGCAUCCGUGUCCGCAUUGUGAGAAGCGGUUUUACACUCCUAAGGAUGUCAAAAGACAUGUUGUGACUCACACCAAGGCACGUGACUUUCUUUGUCAGUACUGUCCACAGAGCUUUGGUCGAAGAGAUCAUUUGGUCAGACAUAUAACUGCAGCACAUUCAGAUGGGACACCUGGUGCAAAGCCCAAAACUGUUUCACCUCGCAAGCGUAGGAAGCAGUCUGAGAGAACCGAGGAGAGCCCAGCAGUGAGUCAAGAAACAUUAGCUCCUGUUGUUGCCCAGGUUAUAGCUUCUGCGCCAUUUACAACACACUAUACUUACAAUCCUGGCUUGUCACAAACUGAGUAUAAUGCAUACCAGGGAGUCAGUAAUAGUGCUUUGAUAAGUAUGAUACCAAAGGACAACUCCAACAUGGACACACUGUCACUCAGUCAUGCUGAUUCUUCCAAUCAGAUAAAAGCCAACAAUGCUCAACCAAUAGGAAGCAGUGGCCUAGAGCAUCUUGGCCAGUCAGAUCCAAUGAAUAGAAAGGACAAUUCUGGAAUGGACUCCUUGCCCCUGAGUGCAGCAGACCCUAGUCUUAUGAAACAUUAUGGGAUGUCUGGAUUAUCAGCACACUCCCAGCCUAUGUUCCAUUCUGUUCCAACCUCUGUAGGUCACAGUGGUCUCAUUUCUCCAAAUUUACAUACUGGCUCUCCAGGAGAUAUCCCAAUGGAUGUGGGAAGAAAACAGAUUGUAAGUGGUGCCCUUCCAGGCACUCAUCAUGAAUUAGACAGAGGUCCCCACAUUAUUGAUGGAACUAUGACUAACUAUCUGGAUGCAUUAAAGGUCAUUGGCUGUCUUCCCUCUGCUUGUCCUCUGCCACCCCCCAGUAUAGCUAUGAGCAGAGACAGUGGACAUCCAUUUACUUCUGUAGGACAAUCAUUCCAGCAGGGAUAUCAAUGAGAAAUAUCUGAAUGUGCAAUUAAAAUUUGGUUACAUCAGGACCUUGCCCAGUCUUGUAGCAAGCCUAAUUAUUACCAUGAUAACACAGUUAAUUUGGAAAUCUUAGUAAAUAGUAUAUGGAAGUCUUAAUAUUUUGAUCCUAAAUGUACAAAGUUUCAAUCAAGUGUACCAAUUGCCUUAAUUUACAUUUUACUUUUUUUUUACAUAUGUAAAUACAGUGUGAUAGAUCUUAAGGCUCUGAAAAACAUUUAACUGCUUUUAUUAUGAAUCAGUAACACAAGGUGCUUUGCUCUUUGUUUUGUUUCUUAAGACUAUUAAAAGGCAUAUAACUUUCAACUGAC